AUGGCGGGCAUGACUGGUCGUGGAAAAGGUGGUAAAGGUCUUGGAAAGGGUGGUGCUAAGCGUCAUCGUAAGAUUCUUCGUGAUAACAUCCAGGGUAUUACUAAGCCUGCUAUCCGUCGUCUCGCUCGUCGUGGCGGUGUCAAGCGUAUCUCUGGUCUCAUUUAUGAAGAGACUCGUGGUGUCCUCAAGGUUUUCCUUGAAAACGUUAUUCGUGAUGCCGUUACCUACACUGAACAUGCCAAGAGAAAGACUGUUACCUCUUUGGAUGUUGUCUACGCUUUGAAGAGACAAGGCCGUACUCUCUACGGUUUCGGUGGAUAA